AUGGAUGUACUUAUUCAUUGUAAUCAAAGGGAAUACGACUGUGGGUCAUGCCCGUUCAUAUAUCGUGAAACCUGUGAUAAGACUGACGUGUGUGUGACGGCCACGGAAGCGUCAGUGGAAAUGGUGCACAAAUCGCUUGGGUUCCGAUGCAUAAUGGACUUCGUAUGUCCUGACGGAACAUCAGCCGCCAUUUGGUUAUUAAACGAUGAGACUCCUUCUAUCUAUUUGUAUAAUCAACUGAUCUGCGAUGAUGAGGGACAAUGGCGGACUGUUGAAAAUAGACAUGCAGUGGAGGCUCUGAGCUGUAUUACAAAAAUAACGAAUCUGUAG